AUGUCUCUCAUGGACUAUUUCAAACUCGGCACUCCCGAAGCCACCGAAGAAGAUCCAGCAAUGGUACCCGAGGACGCCCAAAGCCUCGCGAGGUCUGUUCUGGACAACACACCUUUACCCACCACCGAGAACGUUGAUCAGCCGAUGGACGAUGCGGAACCUGCGCCCCCAACCCUGCUGCAAAAAGCGAGCAUCGAAGGCGAGGAGGAUGUUCCGCCAGCGGAAGCAAUGGAGAUCGACGGCAACGAUGGAGAGGGGGAGUUGUUGGCGGUGAUUGAACCACCAGCUCUAACGGAGGAGCAGCGCGCGGAGUAUACGUUGGACGAGCACGAAGGAACCAUUUGGAAAAUCCUGGAGACGAUCUCGGAAUCUGGAUAUCGUGUACGGCUCGCGAAUGGCACGGAGAUCGAUCUACCAGCGGGAAAGCUGAGUGCAUACGGGAAUCACCAGGAAGCACUCGAUCAUUUUCGCAAUAAUGGGAACAGCUCAGAAGAUAAUGACUCUUUCGACGAAAUCACAGCCUCCAACUCCAAGUUGGGAUUACGGCGGAAAAGGCUUCGCUCGCUUGCUAAGGUUCGCGGUGCUUCAGUGAACGGGUCAGCACAAAGAUCUAGUCUACGGGUCAGCACACGAUCGAGUGGUGUGGGUACGCACCGUGCACUGCAGUACGCUGACGUUGGAGAGGAUGAUGAGCUACUGGCGUCGAGCGAAGACGAACGGCCUCUUCGCAAGCGGAAAAGGGCACAGGUUGAACCUACACGAAAAUCAGAUCGCGCAAGAGUUGGGAAUAACAAGUACGUUGACACAUACGACUCGGAGGCCAGCGUCGAAGAAGAUUACGUUGAGGUCUCACGGGAAACCUCCUCUGCUCCCCGAUGGAGACCACAAGGUCCAGCCAAAAGGGAAGAAUUCUUUGCUCGUGUUGCGACUGAUGGUCCCUUCGGUCUCGCACAUAACCAGAUAUGCGCGAAAUGCAACCAUUCGUCCGGCAAUGGGCCGUUGGUUUACUGUCAAGGUUGUUCGGACUGUUACCACGAAGCGUGCCUUGGACAGCCGGGAAGUCGUAAGGAUCUUGUGUCGUGGCAUGAUUUCGGUGUCACGGAAGCUUGUAUCUUGCGGUGUGCGCGGUGCGUGAAUAACACGACGCAAGGUAUUUACACAGGGCGGUGCUGUGGGUGUGGUGCUGAAACAAAGUGUGCGGAAUGCCUUGGUGAGCCCGGUAAGCUGAAGGUCAACGAGGCAGAGGGAAUUAUGUUCCGGUGCACUCGAUGUUGCUGCGCCUAUCAUCCAGAGCAUAUUCCACGUCAUGUCAAGAUCGAAGAUGACGGUUUCGACGAUAAAGCCGCAGCCGUGCUCCCUAAUCUUGAGAUCUACAAAUCUAACGGGUGGAAGUGCAAAGACUGCUUGGAAAAUGUGCUCGACGUUGAUGUUGUCGUCGCCUGGCGACCCCUGCCUGGAAAAGAAGAAGCAGAGGGCGAUGAAGCUAUCCUGGGCAAGGAAUACCUUGUCAAGUUUGCCGAUAAGUCAUACCAUCACGUGCAGUGGGUUUCAGCAUACUGGCUCUCAGGUGUUGCUGGCCGAAAGCAAAAGAACUUUGAUUCGAAGUGGCAUGCCCCUGUACAAGACAUUGCGCAAGCAGUACCAGAGGAAUACCUGCGUGUCGAAGUAGUGUUGGAUGUGCUCUACGGCGACGACGAAGGGGAUGCUGAAUUGACUCGCGAUGAUAUGGACUUCGAGAAUGAAGAGGAAGAACUGGCUGCUGUUAAUCAAGUUCGCACGGCGUUUAUCAAAUGGAAGGGCUUGAAUUAUGUUGAUGUUACAUGGGACUUCGUACCUCCCAAAGACUCAGAGCGGUGGGAAGACUUUGCGCGAGCGUACAGAGAGCAUGUGCGGGGCCACUAUAUCAGCAUCGGUACACGCUUAACCACGGAAAUGCGACCGGAUCCGUCGACCGACUUCAAGGCACUGGAGAUCACGGAACAACCUGAAAUUGUCAAGGGCGGUGAACUGAUGCCGCAUCAGAUGGAAGGGUUGAAUUGGCUGUAUUACAAGUGGGUCGAACAACAUCCUGCCAUUCUCGCUGACGAGAUGGGUCUCGGUAAAACAAUUCAGAUUGUUUCAUUCCUCGCCGUGUUGCAUCAGCGAUAUGAUGCAGGACCUUUUCUGAUCAUUGCUCCGAACUCGACCGUACCAAAUUGGAAGCGCGAGUUUGAGAAGUGGGCACCAGGUUUGAGAGUUUGUGCUUUCUACGGAGAUAAGGAGAAGCGCGAGCUGGUGCAGGAGUAUGAGAUGAUCAAUGCCGAAAAGAACUUGAAGUGCCAUGUGGUAAUUACCAGUUACCAAACCCCCCUGGAAGACGGAUCGUUUUUCCGUCGUUUCAAAUGGGAGUGUUUGGUAGUGGACGAAGGGCAGCGUUUGAAGGGUGACGAAACCCAGCUGUAUCAGAUGCUCCUUGGUGUGAAGACUCAUCAUAAAGUGUUGCUGACGGGCACACCCCUUCAGAAUAAUAUCCGGGAACUGUUCAAUCUCCUUCACUUCCUGCAUCCCAAACAAAUCAAGGCUCAGGCUCUAGAGGACCAGUAUGAAGAGAUGAAUUCUGAGAAGCUAUUGGGGCUUCACGAAAUGCUCAAGCCAUACUUCCUGCGACGAACGAAAGAACAAGCGCUCAAAUUCUUACCGCCGAAGCUCGAAGUAAUCGUUCCUCUCAGUAUGACUUCACUGCAGAAGCAAGUGUAUAAGUCAAUCUUAUCCAGGAAUGCGGAACUUCUCAAGAUCAUUGCAGGGCAGAGCAAUGGCUCAACAAAGGUUAAGAACCGAGGGAAAUUGACCAAUAUGCUGAUGCAGUUGAGGAAGACUGUCAACCAUCCGUACCUAUUUGAUCCCAAUAUCGAGGAGAAAGGAGUGGGUCCGGAGAUUGAACUUCGUAAUCUCACAGAAGCCAGUGCAAAACUUAAGCUUCUCGAUGUGAUGCUGCCGAAACUUAAGGAGAAAGGACACCGAGUCCUCAUCUUCUCUCAGUUCGUCAUUAUGCUCGACAUCAUCGAGGAUUGGCUCCGACAGAAGGGCUAUUCCUUCCGUCGUCUUGACGGUAGCUCGGAUUCCCUGGAAAGACAAACAGCUAUUGACGAGUUCAGCGCGCCUGAUUCUGAUGUUUUCUCCUUCAUCUUGUCGACGCGAGCUGGAGGAGUCGGAAUCAACCUGACAAGUGCCGAUACGAUCAUUAUCUUUGAUCCCGAUUUCAACCCGCAUCAGGAUAUGCAAGCACUCGCUCGUGCCCAUCGUAUUGGGCAAAAGAAGAAAGUGCUCGUGCUUUCGUUGGUGACAAGGAACACUGCGGAAGAGAAGAUUCUGCAGAUCGGGAAAAAGAAACUUGUGCUCGAUCACCUGAUCAUCGAGCGCAUGGAUCACAGCGAGGAAGAGACAAUUGAUGUGGAGACUAUACUUCAAUACGGUGCCAAAUCUCUUUUCGAGGAUGAUGGCGAGAAUGAUAUUGUGUAUGACGAUGCUGCAAUCGAGAAGCUACUGGACAGGAACCGGGUUGAGGAUGUCAGUGAAGAGAAAAAUGGAACUGAUGCUGGCCAGUCAUUUUCUUUUGCAAGAGUUUGGGCAAACGACAACACCGCGGAUGGCCGGGACACGCCGGAGGUUCAGGAUCAGUCAUUCUGGGACGAUAUUAUCAAGGAAAGACAAGACACCGCUGCUGCAUUGAAAGCACAAGAGAAGACGGACUUAGGACGCGGGAAGAGGAAGCGUACGAAGCCUCAGGAAUAUGGUGUGCUGGAUGACGAGGAUAACCUAUCUUCAAGACGCAAACUCGACCCUGAGGAUAGCGAUUUCCACGUCAACGACGGAGCCGAGGAAAGCGAACCUAGCGAUGACGAAGUGGAACUUGACCCCGACAACUUGAAGGACUUGCUCACAAACCGGAGUGAGAGUGGACCUAGUAAAUCGGAAUUCCUCGAGCGCACCUCAGGGGCUACCCAGGGUCUACCGUUUGCCGCCAAAACGGCUCCUAUGGCCCACGGGGAGAGAAAGCCGCCAGCACCGGCACCGGCACCGGCACCCAUACCAGCACACAUACCAACACACACACCAGCACCUGUACGAGCAUUUGCACCCGCACUUGCACCCGUACCCGCACUUGCACCCGUACCCGCAUCUGUUCCCGUACCCAGAGCAGGGCCCGGGCCAACCCCGGUUCACAUGUCAGUUUUUCCGGCACACCAACAGGUCCCACAGCCUGGACUCGCGUACCGGUAUGGGACUAGCCGCUAUGAUACAAACCCUGGCUACAGCAUGCGUCCUCUUGCACCUCACGAGGUCGUUGGCAGCGUUGAAUGGCAGCAGUACCAGAUCAUGCAACAGAGGAUGGGCUUUCGCAAACCCAAUCAUCCUGCGAUUCCAGCACAGCACGCUGGAGCUGCUAUGAUGCCAAUGCCACAUGUGAUACCAGCCGGGCCCACGAAGGUUGCCCUGCAGCAAUCGCAGUUCAUCCAGCAGCAUAGGGCAACAUUCCGCACGUGCAAUGCAUGUUCUGGAAAGCACGCCCUUCGAGAAUGCCCUCUCCGAUUUGAGUGGCUUGAAGUGUGCAAGCUCUGUCGAAAGGCUCAUACUGGUGGAAAUCGGAGGUGUUCCCUAUUCCACAGAGAACACCUGGACAAGCUUCUUGCGUUGCGUGAGCUUUUGAGGAGAAGCACAGAAGACCCAGCGAAAGUCAAGCUUGCGACUGCUUACAUUAGGGGUGUCAUCGGAAGUAUUGAGGCAGACCUAAAGAAAGAGCAAGAGUCAAAGACUGCUGAGAAAACGUCUAACCUUGCUGAAAACGUCUGA